ACACUUUUUUCCUUCAAGCGUAUUGCUUGCUUGGAAAAUGUCAGAAAGCAAAACGAUGCCGGCUCUGAAGACUUGAUAAAUCAGAUGACUGCAUCUUGGGAGGAGAAGUCGUGGAAUCAUAAUCCGCUGAAACGUGACUGGAUCCAUGGUUCUAAGACGUUGAAACAUAAGGAUAAAAUGACGAUGGAUCGGCGAGUUCAUGGUUGACAUAGGAUCGAUGGGUAAGUUGGCCUUGGAUUAGCUGAGACUUGUGCUUUGAUGUCGAAACUUUCCUCAGAACUUGACCCUCGGAAUUUUUGGAGCUUGAAUAAGUCGACCGAAUGUUCCCUGUGCGAAUAUUAGAAAAUGGUCUUCUUAUAGAGCUCGAUGAGUAGAAUCCGUUGAUACAAGCUAAACUGUUAUCAAGAAGACAUUGUGUGACAUUUGUUGCACGGAAGCUGCUGAUCGCAUCCAUGGCGGCCUUGUCAUCGAGAGGUAACUCUGUGAAGUGUGGUGCAUUAAGAUCCCCGCACCGCAUGAUAUUCCCUCACCAGCAUGCAACACAAGCACUCUAGGGCGCGCUACGCGAAGACCUGAAGAGCAAGGCCAAAGGUGUAUCCUCGCAAGCGCGCCAAGCACCUGACUCGCUGCCCGUUGCAUAUAGCGCGCAUCUUGCUUCCCACACCUGCUUCGCGCAGCUAACACCGUGAGAGCGAUGCCCGCCUUCCGCAUUCCCUCUUUCCCGUACUAUAAUCGCCUCCCCUAUCACCCGCAUCCCGUCAAACCGCUUCCCCUGUUUCCCGCUGAUUUUCCAUCCUCGCUUCCCAACCCUCAUCCGGAUUCCAGCGUACCCGCUUUCACCCAGCACGCAAUCUCCUCCCCCCCCUUUCCCAUCCUCAGCCCAUCCCACGUCCUCCCAUCGCCAAUCCCUGCCCUAUCGCAGCGCCAAUCCCCGCCCUAUCGCAGCGCCAAUCCCCGCCCUAUCACAGCACCAAUCCCGCCCUAUCGCAGCGCCAAUCCCUCCCUUCCACGCGCUUGCCCUGUUCGCCUCUCUCCCAUGCUCCCCUCUCCCAUGCUCCCGCUCCCCAAUGCUCCCCUUUUCCGUUCUCCCCUCUCCCGUUCUCCCCUCUCCCUUGCCCUCUCCCUGAUUCCUUCAGACCCGCUGCUCCCAUACCGUCUUACCCCCUGCUCCCAUUCCGUCUUACCCCCUGCUCCCAUACCGUCUUACCCCCUGCUCCCAUUCCGUCUUACCCCCUGCUCCCAUACCUGCUGUGAGGGGGGAAGCACAGAGGACCCCCCCAGUGAUGCUGGGCGAGGACGGCAUGGUCGUGCGCAUUGCCCCUUGGUGUCAAUAGCACCGGCCACUCCAGUCCUCCGUGCAGCACCCGCGUCCCCAUCCACCUCCCGUCCUCUCCCCAUCCCCCUCCCAUCCUCCCAUGGGGUACGCAUCGCACGCUGUGGCUCCUCCCUUACUGCCACCUGGAUCCUCCCGGUCUGCCCCAUUUUCAGUUUGUGCGUCGAAGUGGCCACUGUGCCAAGGGGAAUUUUGCAGGUCAAGGACCCACUCGGCAGGGCAUCACGUGCCCAAGCUCCCAAAACCGAACCCAAGCCCACCCAUUCUUUCCAGUUGGUGGUGCAAUAAGACUAGCCGCAUGCAGCCCUUUCUGGCUUGGUGGCACUCAGAGCCAUAGACAGUGAGUUUGUAAAGCCUCCUAGAUGGUGUAGAGAGGCUAGCUGUAUUAAUAAAUAUCACCCUGUCGAGAGCACCGGAAGCAUAAGCUCCUCGGAUGGACAUAAGUAUCACGCCUUGAAAUGUUACGUACGCCUUGCCAGUGAG